AUUUUCUCUUUUUCCCAGCUGUUGGGAUCAAAACAUUCGCCGGCUGCUUAGUUUUGGAUUGAGGAACCAUAGCAAUUGACCGCCAUGUCCACGCCAAUUAAAUUCUAUUACGAUUUGUUGUCCCCGAUCUCCCGUGCACUGUGGUUAGCUUUAAAAUUGGGCAAUUCGCCCAUUGAAUAUUGCCCCAUUGCCCUCCGUAAAUUUGAGCAAUUGACCGACGAGUACAAGAAGAUCAAUAGGUUCCAGAAGUUGCCCGCUAUAGUGGACGGCGACUUUCAUUUAUCCGAAACUAUCGCCAUCAUACGUUAUCUCGCAGACAAAGGUCAGUUCGACGAAAAGCUUUACCCAAAAUCAGUGGAGGCUCGUGCUCGAGUGGAUGAAUUCCUUGAGUGGCAGCACUUGAAUAUCCGACUGGCCUGUUCCUUGUACUUCCGAGAUGCUUGGCUGUUUCCCAUGAAUGGAAUAGCACCCAAACCCAAGACAGAACAGCUUCAAUCGCUGAUUGAUGGGGUAGAAACCAACCUGGGUCUCCUAGAGCUUCUGUGGCUGGAAAAGGACUUUCUGGUGGGACAGAAACUGACAAUGGCUGAUAUCCUCGGUUCUUCGGAAAUCAAUCAACUGAGGCUCUGCCAAUUCCAAGUGGAUGGGAAAAAGUUCCCGAAGGUGGCCAAAUGGCUGGAUCGCGUCAGGGAAGCAACUAAUCCUUACCAUGACGAGGGACUAAAGUUCAUUAACCAAAAGGCAAAGCAGCCAACUGUUGCAAAGUUGUAAAGACUGAAAUACUUAAAACCCAACCAAAAUAUUUUGAUAAUAAACUUCCCCUGCCAGUUA